CGUCUGUUAAAACAGUAACGUGACGUACAUGAAUUUCCAAGAAAAAUAACCACAUCGGGAAAAAAGGUAAUUAUUAAUUAUGAAUAAGCACUCUAUUAAAGUACCUCGAUUGUAUAAAGUGUCUGCUCUAGUAGCGAAGGAAGUAAGCGAAGGCAUAGGCAGUAUCAAAAGUCUCGUAUACGAACAUAAGAAAAAACAUCCAAAUAUCAAAGCUAUUUACGCUUUGGUUGCGACGCUCUUUCAAAAAACCGACGAAAUAGAGACUCUGUUAAAGAGGUCGCAAUUGCUAGUCAAAGAACCAAAACUUAAUCCAUGGUUAGCGAAAAUUUUAAUUAUCGAAUUGUUAUGGGGUAAAAAGAAACUCCCUGGGCAGAGUAAGCCCGAGGAUACUAUCCGAGCCUACGAGCAGAUAUUUAAGGCGCAUUUGAGCGAUGAUUCUGGCAAAGAAACCAUUUCUAAAGAUUGUUAUUCUAAACCACGUUACGUAAGAAUUAACACCAUACUGUCAAGCCUAAAUGAGGCAAUAGAAACUUUCAGAAAUGACGGUUGGACCCUAGUUAAAUUUUUAGAUAAAACAGAUUAUAAGGGAUAUUUGGAGAGAAUCGUUUCGUUAAACAACGAUGAAUUCUUGGUUGACAUACACGUUCCGAAUCUGCUGGUUUUUCCAUCGAAAACCACAUUUUACAAUCAUCCUGCCUAUAAAAAUGGUUCCAUACUUCUACAGGAUAAGGCCAGUUGCUUACCGGUACACAUUUUGGACCCGCCGCCCGGCAGUACGGUCCUGGACAUGUGCGCGGCUCCUGGAAUGAAAACUACGCACUUGGCUGCUGUGAUGAACAACCAAGGCACGGUUUACGCCAUCGAACGAAACCCCAAGAGAUUCGAAACGCUUUCCAAAAUAGUUGAAACCUCAGGCGCCAAGUGUGUGAAAACAUACAAUAAAGAUAUUUUGGACUGUUUCAACGAAGCUUUUCCCGGAGUGGAAUACAUUUUGGUCGAUCCCAGUUGCUCCGGUACUGGAAUGGUUGAUCGACCGGAAGACAAUGAAAUCGACCAGUCUAGGUUGCGUAGUUUGACGGGUUUCCAAAUAAAGAUCUUAAGGCACGCCCUGACCAAGUUUCCCGACGCGAAAAAAGUAGUUUACUCCACUUGUUCCGUUCUUCCUGAAGAAAACGAAGAUGUUGUUCGACAAGUUUUGGAGACCAAUUAUAAUUUCAAAUUGGUUCCUGCUAAACAAUUCGUCGGGGAAUCCUGGCAAAAUGUCGGGUCUUCCGAGUUUGGGGAUAUCGGAAAAAACUGUUUAUACGCCAAGCCAAAUGAAGAUUAUACAAACGGUUUUUUUGUGGCCGUUUUCGAGCGAUUGAAAGAAGGCGAAGAAAACCAGUUUUUUAAUACCAAGAUUUUCAAUUUCAAGAAACACGUUCAGGCGAAUGAAAGGUGGAAGGAAAAGAAGCAAAAGAAGUUUGAUGACCAGAAUCACAAUGGAAAACUUGAUGAAGAAAACACCGAUUCUUUAAAGAAGAAACACAAGUAUACAAAUGAUAAUACUAAAACUGACAUUUCUAGUAAUACAGAUGUAAAAGAGGAAGAAAUGGAAGGGAUAACUAAUAGAAAAAAGAAGAAAAAGAAAUCAAACGAAAAUAUUCAAGAAACUCCCACAAAUCUUGAAGAAGAAUACCUAGAAAAUGUAUCUAAAAGGGCAAAAUAUGAUCAUGAAGACGAUACUAACAAUUUAAAAGGUAGCAGGGUUUUAAAUAACGAAAAAGACGAAAAUGACGGCUAUGUACAAGAUAUAAAAAUUGAAGAUGACAGUAAUAAGAAAAAGAGCAAAAAGAAGAAGAGAUCGAAAGAGAAUAUUGAUGAAGAUAAUCAUACGAAUAAUAAAGAAGAAUUUACGGAAAAUAAUGGUUUUGAAGAAAGUUCUAAAAAGAAGAAAAGGAAACAUAAAAAAUCUGAUGAAGUUGAUAAUGUAGAGGAUGUAAAAAAUGUGAAAAAUGAAAUAAAGAACUCUACUGAUCUUAUUAAAACAGAAGAAAUGAAAGAAAAAUACAAAAAUAUUGAAGAAUUAAUCGGCGGCUAUGCCCAGGAGAUUAAAAUUGAAGAUGACAAUAAUAAGAAAAAGAGCAAAAAGAAGAAGAAAUCGAAAGAAAACAUUGAUGAAGAUAAUCAUGCGAAUAAAUCGAACAAUGAUAAAGAAGAAUUUAUGGAAAAUAAUGGUUUUGAAGAAAGUUCUAAAAAGAAGACAAGGAAACAUGAAAAAUCUGACGAAGUUGAUGAUGUAAAGGAUGUUAAAGAAGUAAACAAUGAAAUAAAGAACUCUACUGGUUAUAUUAAAACAGAAGAAACGAAAGAAAAACGCAAAAAUAUUGAAGAAUUAUUAGAAAGCAACAUUAAUGUUGAUAAAAAGUCUAAAAAGAAGAAGAGAAAAGUUACUGAAGAACCCGGUGAAGAAGAACAGAUUAAUAAUUUAGAAAAGCACGAACGAUAUCAAGACGACCCUGACGUCAAAAAGAAAAAGAAGAAAGUAAAAAACGCACAUUUAGACGAUAUUAUAGUAGAUCAAAGUGAUACUAUUGAACUAGUUUGUUCUAAAAAGAAAAAGAAGAAGAAACGCGAAACAGAAAACAUAUGA